AUGCCCAUCCCCGUCAAAGAGACGGUCACGCGCCUCGCAGCCAUCUCCAAGCUCCUAGUCCUAUCCUACAUAAUCGACUGGAUAUUCAUCAUCGGCAUCGCCCUAAUCGGCUACGGCUUCUACAGACAAUCCCCAAACCACCACCCCUUCAGCCUAACCGACCCAAACAUCAGCUACCCCCUCACCAAAGAAACCGUAUCAAACAAAACCCUCAUCCUAGUCAGCCUCUUCGCCCCAGCCGUUAUAGUCCUCCUACUCUCAUGGCUUCUCGUCCCAGCCAACGCCACCUCCAGAUCUAACUCCGGCUCCCCCAAACCCCCCGCUGCGCAAUACAUCCGCCGCAAGUUCUGGGAAUGGAACGUCGGCUGGAUGGGGCUUGCGCUCGCCCUCGCAAGCGCCUGGACAGCUACACAGGGAUUGAAGACACUAAUCGGCAAGCCGAGGCCUGAUCUUCUCGCGCGCUGCGAUCCGGACAUUGCGCGUGUGGCGGAGUUCACGGUUGGAGGACUUGGGGAGUCGGUGGAUGGUGCGGCGACGCUGGUUUCGUGGGAGAUCUGUCGGGUUAAGAGUGACUCGUUGCGCAUUGAUGGGUUUGCAAGUUUUCCGAGUGGGCAUUCUUCUUUCUCCUUCGCCGGCCUAAUCUACCUAACCCUCUGGCUCUGCUCCAAAUUCUCCGUCGCAUUCCCCUAUCUCCCGCGCUACCCGGUCGAAGACCAGAGCCACACCGAUGACAAUUCCUCCGUGCGGAAACGCGGCGCCGCCCCGCCCGUUUACAUGAUGCUAAUUGCGUUCGUGCCGACUGCCACGGCGUGCUUUAUUUCUGCGUCGCGCUGGUUCAACUACAGACACCACGGCUUUGAUAUUCUCUUCGGCGCGGCGAUCGGGAUUUUCUUCGCUUAUAUCGGAUUUUACAUGUACCAUCUUCCGAUUCGGCGUGGCGCGGGCUGGGCUUGGGGCGCGCGCAGUCAGAGACGCGCUUUCGGGCGGUUGGUUGGUUUCCCUAGUUCGCUGGGGACGGAUGGAUGGGCUGGUGAAAGGGUUGAGGAGGUGGAUGCUGAGGUUGCGGCUGCGAUAAGGGAGAAGAUGUUUAGGGAUCUGGAACAGCGACAUGCACAGACACAGGGACAUAUUAAGCCGGAGAGUAGUGGGGGUCAGGUUGUUUAG